ACCAGAGCUUGAUUCUGCAGAAGAAGACGCGUCAACAUGGCAUCCAAAAACUCCUUACCCAUCAGGGGUACCUUGACUGUCAUGGUCAUCGUGGUCGUCCUUGCUCCAUCAGCACUGCUGGAUCAGACAGCCGAGUUCGAGGCCGCAUUCUUGAAGAAGUGUGUUGAUUAUACAAGGGACAAAAACAGGUAAGUCUCUUGACACUUUCUACUAAAGGAGGCCUCAUUGGGAAUAAGUCUACAGAUUAUUUUUGCAUUAUCAACUAAAAGUAAUCUAACAUUUAUUCAUCAUGGAUUUAAUAAAGUCUGAUGUAUUUGCGUGUAACAUUUGUCUUUCAGCUGUAAGGCGACACUGGCGAUCUUUGAACGUGCCUAUGUGGGGAAGAAAGAUUCAGCUGUCACUAAGGAUAGCUACAACGAACUCUUUGAUAAGACGCCCUUCACACAUCCAUGUGGCAAAGUAAGCUGACUUCGUCAAACAGCUCUUUAAUGUGGAUUUUAGUUUGUAUAUCUAACAAUGUCAUGUUAACUCUUGUGGGGUUAGAGCUUGUUUUGGAGUGGGACAUAUCAGCUGGCCAGCCGGUUCACGCAGAAGAGAGACAAUUUUAUCGCCGUUGGGGACACUUUGUUGGGUUAUGUGCUGACCAGGAUGACAUGGUGUUCAAAGGAAGGCAGCAAGGGUGAGAUUCAUCAUUUACAGUCAGUCCAGAGUCUGAAAAAUACUGUUUUGCCUAACUUGAAAGUACAAUGUUAAUUUUUUUUUUUUACAGCUAAUUAUCUAAAAACAAUCAAAUCGUCUUUGUUUUCUUUUACAACCUGAAAAACAGGAGCAUUUUGUGAUAUCCGUCAGUCGGCUGUAUAGCUUCUGUACAAGUUCCUCGACCUUUAAUCUGUCACACAGAGACAGUUAACAUUUCUGCCUGUGUUUUUCUAGAGACCUUUACCACAGAUUGCGGUGACCCCUGGACAGUCGCUGUUGGUUCAUUCUGGCUAAAGAUUUCUAUUAAGGUAAGAACCCAUGGGGAGAAAUCACUAAUUCAGUAAGUACGAUAUGCAAUGGUCCUUAAACUUACAAGAAGACAAAAUCAUCAGGCCUGGUUCUCCUAAAAAGUCCUUGUUGGUCCCCUGGGGAGCAAAAUUGUACAUUUCAUUUUAACUGAGACACGGGCUGACAUGAGGGAGGUGUGACCACAUGUGCUGUGAUAACUUAGCUCAGACUGGUAUAAAUAAUAAAACUAAAACUAAACUAUUUAGUCCAACACUUUACUGUCAUGCUUUAUGUUUGCAGUUUGCCCAGUAUGCCUGUGAUGAUCUCCAUGUGAUGCUGGAUGGUGAAACACCGCAACCAUUCUUCCCGGACACGUAAGCAGCUCUACAUUUGCUCUGAUGACAGUUUUAUAAAUGAUACCAGUGAAGAGAAAAUCCCUCUACCUGUGCUGUUUCAAAUGUUCAAAUAUGUAUAAAACUGUUCUUCAUGGACAGUAAAAGCUCCUUUGAAGAUUGAUGUUUUUGUGUAAUCCUUAAAGUUUGCUCCUCUGUCUUUUUGCUCAAAGCGCCUUUGCUGAAGAAGAGGUCCCAUAUUUUCAAUCUCCCAGAGUGAAGAGCCUCACUGUUAUUCUGGUUGUUAAUCAGAAGACCGGGUAUGAUUUCACUAACUGAUUCAGUAAAUACAUUGAUAAAUUUGGCUUAUAAAUACAUGAGUACAUAUUAUGAAGUAUUUUUUUUAAGGCGUUUUGUGCCUCUAAUGGGAGAUAGAGAGAGGGAAUAACAUACAGCAAAAAGUCAGGGCCAGAAUUCAGGCCCUCGGCUGCUGCAGGGACUUUGGUCCCCAUACGAGGGAUGCACCAACCUGCUAUGCUAUCUAUUCACACUGCAGUUACUGCUUUUUUAAUAUAUUGUGUCAUCUCUUCAUGUCUCUGUUUUAGCACUAAGUGCAACAAUGAGUCCCUCAAAAACUUGAGCAACAUCAUGAAAGGAAAAAAUAUCCGCUAUGCUUGCGAGGAAGUGACUAAGUAAGUAAAGUGCCAACCAUAUUUGACUCUGUGCUCUUUUAUGAUUUUUAUGCCGUUUCAUCCUGAUUGUUUGUUUCCCACAGGGCUCACAUUGAGAACUGCAUAAAAAGAGGCACAAAAGACUGCUUUUGAAAGCUGCUGCGCUGAAUUUCACACCACACUGUUGGAGAAGAAAUCCCUCAAUGCAGAAAGAUAAAUCAAGUAUCUUAAACUUGUUUGAGCUUCUUCAGUAAAUGUUGAAUUUUUAAAGAUUUGUGAUUAAAUUUUAGACGGCCAAAGAUAUAGACUGAGUAUAAUGGUGGAAUAAAUACAAUCAGAGCAAAAUUUUUGUGGGCUUUGUCUGAUUUGGUUGUCUUUGGUUUUUGUCUUUCUGUAAAUUGACAAACUAUCCUCUAAAAAACAAACAAGUCAUCUUUCUUUUCAAACAUUAUGUGGAAUUACUUUUUAAAGUUUAAAUGGAGUCUCCAGGUGAAAGUAUGCAAAGCCGGUAGAUGUUUAAAAACUCCAAUUGUUGCUCUUUUUUAUUGUCGUCGAGUCCCACAGGGGUCUGUCCUUGGCCCGCUGUUGUUUCCAUUGUACCCGUCACCAUUGAGUCGGAUGUUGCGUUAUUUUGAUGAUUUGCAGUUAUUUUUGCAGAAAUUAGUUAGACCACAUCUCAAAUCUUUUCUGAUGCUUUUAGAUAACAGUUGUGUCCAAACAUCCUGUUUCUCAACUCAGCCAAGAUGGAAAUGAUAGUUGAUAAACCUGCAAAGAUAGGUCACUUGAAUAAUAAUUCUGCUCAGUCACUGGAUGAUUGCAAGUGGCAGGAUUAAGAAAUCAGGGUGGAUAUCAUUUAGAAUUUUGCAUUUGGCCUGCAUAUUAAACAGGUGACCAAUAGAUCUCUAAGAUCAGAUCCAUCUUAUCAUUUAAUGGUGCUGAGGUUCUCAUUCAUGCCGUUGUUUCAUUGAGAUGAGAUUAUUGUAAGAGGAGUCGGCAUGGUCUGCAGAAGGUUCAGGAAGAGGGACUCACAGUCUGAUUAGAUCACAUAUGAGACUAUAACUUCAGUGUUGGCCUCUCUACAUUGGUUAUCUGUGUAAGCCAGAGUAGUGGUCAGCGAUCCAGCCUCAAAAUUGUAUCACAAUAUUUUGUGACACUAUAUA